CACACCAAUGCCCUCAAUUCCAGGUCCAGCGACCGAGGGAUCAAAGACAUGGUCGCCUUCGCGCCUGCGUGACGGCGACGACCUAGAGGUAUGGUCCAAGAUCCACGGCCAUCUCAAUGCGCACGAGUUCAGAGCGGCAAUAACCACCGCCUUCGACCUACCUCCGGGCGACAACUUCACAUAUCACGCCUCGGCAUCCGUGAACCUGUCACAGGUCGAGGCUGCAAUCCACGCUGGGAGGGCGAACGGCCUGCAUGCUUGGUAUGUCGAGCUAGCCCCAGAGCCUCGAGAAGGCCAGGGAGACGGGGACGUUUGCGGAAUCGUCCCAGGUCAACCGUCACUACGGAUAGCAGGCUAUCCGCCGGCAGGAGACAUACAGGCAUACAUGGCCUUGUUCGACCCUACCAAGUCUGCAGCGAACAGUCUGAAAUCACUCUCUGCGAACGCGAAGAAAGGUUCUCUGCGUGCCACGAUCGCGGAAUACUUGCUCAGCAAACGAUAUCUUGACUCGUCCGUUACUGUGCCCAAGUUCAAAAUUCCUUCCUCAACAUCAUCGCAACCACAAAACGGCGCCAAAAGUGUAGCGACCAUAGGCCAUCAGAACCCGGCCUUGGACUUCUGGGCCUACUUAUGUCUUGCCUUGGAGUACGCGGGUCCCAACGCAAACACCGCCCUGGUCAAAUCCUCGCACCACAUGCUGCCUGUCUACAUGCACCAUUUCGGCUGUGUGGUGCCGUCGUACGAGUCUCUGCAGAUCAUCAACAAGCUCGCCGCGGGCCGAAAUGUGCUCGACAUGGGUAGCGGCAACGGGUACUGGACGUUCAUGCUGAGGCGGUUGGGAGUCAAUGUCGUCGCCGUGGACAGCGGCCAGAGUCGAUGGCGAACGACGUGGAUCGCAGACACGGUCGCCACGGACGGCGUACAGUACCUGCGCAAACGGUCAGGUUGUCCUGAUCAUAUGCUCCUGCUGGUCUACCCGAUCGUCGGUGGCGACUUCACACGCAAGGUCCUUGAUGCUUUCACCGGGAACGUCAUCGUCGUGGCCGGCACCCAGAAUGGCAAUGGAUAUACGGGCUUCAAGGAUAUGAUGGUCGAUGAGUACAUGGCUAGAGAGAAGCCGAGCUGGGAGAAAGUGGCUCAGGUACCGCUCCCGAGUUUCGCGGGGAAAGACGAUGCGCUGUUUGCCUUUAGACGGAACAAGGAGGGCCCUUGAUCAGCAUUUUUCUUGCUACGAGUAGCAGCAAGCAGGGCAGAGGACUGUGCCUAAGCCAGCUCGACAUUCCAGCUUUGAUCCAGAUGGCAUGUAGGUAUUAUGUCUCGUGUCGGACGUCGUUUCGAGCAUCGGCUCAGGCCUAAACGGAAAAGCACAUGAAUCACAAUAAUACCGAGCAAAGUCUGAGUUGUGCCAUUAAUUGUUGGUACAUAAUCCCCCGUCUAAUCUAGAUAAGUGCUUUUUCAU